AUGAGCAAAUCAAUUGCAGUACACCGGAUGAUGUUGAAGUCGCUCCUGGAGCAAGGAACACGGCCGAUCAAAACCAGCGAUCAUUGGCCCGAAGCGCGCGAAACAAAGUCGACGCGUGAGGAUAGCAGAGGCCAUGCGACGCGAGGUAGCUCCAGCACCGAGGUUCACGUUCCGUCGCAUGGACAAGUGUUCGGAUGCGACGCCGGAUGCACGCCUUGCAGUUGGAAGCAUUCUACAGUGUUCUGUAUCCGUGCAGCAAGGUAA